AAUUAAUCUCAGCUCAGCUGCUUCAACGAUCCGAGCCCACCCGGUCUCCUUCGAAUUCGUAUAAACCGCCCGCAGAGCCCUCCCACUCCCUUCAAGAAGAGAAGAAAGAAUUAAAAGAUGGCGCUUUGCGCUUGCCUUGAGAACCUCCGAGCCCUACCGCCAUUGCUCCUUCUCCUCUUCUCCCUCGGCCUCCUCUCCGCCCUCAAACUCUCCUUCGCCGUCCUCCGCUGGCUCUACGUCUCCUUCCUCCGCCCCGCCAAGAACCUCCGCGCCCGCUACGGCUCCUGGGCCGUCGUCACCGGCCCCACCGACGGCAUCGGCAAGGCCUUCGCCUUCCAGCUCGCCCGCCGUGGCCUCCAUCUCGUCCUCGUCGGCCGCAACCCGGACAAGCUCCGCGACGUUUCCGACGCCAUCCGAGCCAAGCACGCCGGCUGUCGGAUCGAGACCGUGGUGAUCGACUUCGCCGGCGACCUGGCCGAGGGCGUCCGCCGCCUCCGGGAGGCCAUCGCGGGGCUCGAUGUCGGCGUGCUGGUGAACAACGCGGGCGUGUCGUACCCCUACGCGAGGUUCUUCCAUGAGGUGGAUGAGGAGUUGAUGAGGAAUUUGAUCAAGGUUAAUGUGGAGGGGGUCACCACGGUGGCCCACGCCGUGCUGCCGGGGAUGCUGGAGAGGAAGCGCGGCGCCAUCGUGAACAUCGGCUCGGGGGCCGCCAGUGCUAUUCCCUCCGAUCCGCUCUACGCUGUCUAUGCUGCCACCAAAGCGUAUGUCGACCAAUUCUCGAGAUGCCUCUAUGUUGAGUAUAAGAACAAGGGGAUAGAUGUUCAAUGCCAGGCACCCUUGUACGUGACAACAAGAAUGGCACCUAUCAGGAGAUCUUCCUUCUUUGUGCCAUCAACAGACACUUAUGCCCAUGCUGCCUUGCAGUGGAUUGGCUACGAACCAAGAUGCACACCCUACUGGCCGCAUUCCCUCCUAUGGUGUCUGCUUUCCAUGCUGCCAGAGGCUGCUCUUGAUAAAUGUUGCCUGGGCUUCUGCCUUAGCAUCCGCAAAAGGGGGCAGCUCAAAGAUGCCAGAAUGAAAGAAGAAUAGCAUCCGACACAAGCAUCUCGAUGACAUCAACCUGCAAGAUCUAUUUUCUACUUUCAGUGUAUCUGCUUGCUUUAUUUUAUGUUUCCAUUGUCGCCAAAAAAAAAUACUUUCUGAUGAUUUCCGUUGUUCUUGUGAAAUUGAUUGUAUGCUUAGAUGAAAAGCUUAGUAAGUUCUCAUUUUCUUCUUGAUAUUUAGCUGAUUGAUUGUAUCAGAGCCUAAUGCUUUGGGUAAAAAAAAUAAAUAUUUGUGCUGUUCAACCUUGGAGACUGUAAAAACCUUGUGUAGAAGAGGUCACUAUCCGGAUGUUGUAUCAAUACAAUUAGAUGUGGUGGACUUGGGAGGCCAAAGUAGGUGAGUUGGUUAUUGCCCUUGAAGGCGUAAAUGAUGCUACCGGUUGUACACACUUAUCAGAAUGAUAUUGGCAUCAACUGAUUGCAUCGCUUAAUUUCCACAA